AUGUCUGUCAGUGAAGUACAAGAAUUUUUCAAAAACCAAACUGUGUUCAUUACGGGAAGUACAGGUCUGUUAGGGAAGCUCGUUUUUCGAAAAUUAUUGGCUACAUGCGACGUGAAGAAAAUUUUUCUUUUAUUAAGAGAAAAGAAAGGUCGAUCUGUAGAGGAAAGAGUUGAACAACUGUUGGAAAGCAUUUGUUUUGGAAAUUUGGAAUCGGAGAAGUCAAGGUUUAUAGAGAAAGUUUUUAUUAUGAAAGGAGAUUGUGGCUUACCUGGGUUUGGGUUGUCACAGGAUGACAGGAAUUUGUUGGUUCAGGAAACGACGUGUGUUAUACACAGCGCGGCUACUGUGAGGUUUGAUGAACACUUACGCACUGCUGCAUAUGUUAAUAUUCGGGCCGUGCAGGAUCUUGUUGGGUUGGCCAAGGAAAUGGUUAAUUUAAGGGUUGUGGUAUACGUUUCCACUGCUUAUUCAAACUCCAAUCAGAAAUAUUUUAUAUCAGAAAAAUUCUAUAAACCACCUAUGAAGGCCCAAGAACUUAUGCAACUAAUAGGAACUUUGGAUGACGAAACAUUAAAGAGUGUCACUUCUGAACUACUUAAUUCUUGGCCCAACACCUACACAUUCACUAAAGCUAUCGCCGAAAAUGUGAUCAAAGACGAAGGUCAAAACAUGCCCAUAGCCAUUGUCAGACCGGGUGUUUUGAUGGGAACUUGCCAAGAACCCGAACCAGGAUGGAUCGAUGUAAUACAAGGAAACACUGCUUUUUUCAUAGGUACAUUGUUGGGUAUAAUACAUUGUCAAAUGGUACAUGACAACGUUGUGGCGAUGGUACCACUGGAUUACGCAGUCAAUAACAUUUUAUCCUCGGCAUGGUACACCUCCACUAAAAGUACCAACCCAACAAUCUACAACUUAGUCGGUUCUGGGAACAACGUCAUAACUAGCGCCAACCUUCGUGCCUUUGGAAAAUCAUUGUCAAGAUUAUACGCUAGUGUAUACGCAGUAAGUCCCUAUUUCCUUAUAACAACCAAGAAGAAGUACGUCCUAAAAUUUUACCAGUUCUGGCUUCACUUAGUACCAGCGUAUGCAGUGGAUUUGAUUAUGUUAUGUUUAGGCAAGCAACGAAAAUUUGCCAAAAUGUAUCAGAAAUUUCAUGCAGUUUGUGAGGCGGUCGAGUUCUUUACUUUGAACUGGUGGAUUUUCGAAACAACCAACACUGACAUUUUGUGGAAAGCUUUGAACGAAAAAGAUAGACAGCUGUUUCCGUUUAAUACGGAACUGCUGGACUGGGAAAGGUAUGUGGAAAAUUGUGCAAUAUAUGGAAGGGUGCAUCUAGUCCACGACCCUUUGGAAACAGUGCCUCAGGAUAAAGAAAAGGGAGAGAAAAGAGGAUCAAAAGAUAAAGCAAACAAUAAAGAAGGGAAAAUAUUGUGGGAGAUAAUAGAAGAAAUGGGAUGGGAAAUUUUGAAUGGAAACAAGGAAGGAGAUGAAGAAAAAGAAUGGAUGUACGUAGGGGCAAGGGGAGAAUCAAUUAUAGACUAUGGGAUUGUCAACGAAGAGGCGUGGGAAGAAAUAGAGAGUUUCAAAGCACCAGGAGGGGAUGGAAUCCAGAACGAAGCGUGGAUGUUCGGGACAGAAGGAGUGAAAGAAAGGAUAUGGGAAGCGGUGGAUGGAGUUUGGAAGGGAAAAGGGUUUCCUCGGCAGUGGAGAGAAGGUAUAAUAAUCCCAUUAUUUAAAAAGGGACAAAAAAGUGAUGUGAAGAACUACCGAGGGAUUACCUUGCUCAAUACGGCGUACAAGAUAUGCGCAAUGAUACUAGUUGAGAGGUUAUGA